AAUCCAGUCAGGAGGGGUAUAUUUAUGUUUCGUAUACCCCUUGUACACAUAGCCUGGAGGCUUUAGUUCUUCCUCUACUAUUUCCUCCAAGACCCGAACAGGAUGGGUGAUGCACAGAUGGCCGAGUUUGGAGCUGCGGCCCCUUACCUCCGCAAAUCUGACAAGGAGCGGCUGGAGGCGCAGACCCGGGCCUUUGACCUCCGUACCGAGUGUUUUGUGCCGGACGAGAAAGAAGAGUUUGUCAAGGGCAAAGUGACGAGCCGUGAGGGUGGCAUGGCCACAGUGCAAACUGAGACUGGCAAGACAGUGACAGUGAAGGAAGCGGAUGUCCACCAACAGAACCCGCCUAAGUUUGACAAGAUCGAGGACAUGGCCAUGCUCACCUUCCUGCAUGAACCUGCUGUCCUUUUUAACCUGAAGGAGCGCUACGCUGCCUGGAUGAUCUAUACGUAUUCUGGACUCUUUUGUGUGACUGUAAAUCCUUACAAAUGGCUGCCUGUCUACAACGCCGAAGUGGUGGCGGCCUACCGGGGCAAGAAACGAAGUGAAGCCCCUCCUCACAUUUUCUCCAUCUCUGACAAUGCGUACCAAUACAUGUUGACAGACCGAGAAAACCAAUCUGUCCUCAUCACCGGAGAAUCCGGUGCUGGAAAGACAGUCAACACCAAACGGGUCAUCCAGUACUUUGCCAGCAUUGCUGCCAUCGGUGACCGCAAGAAGGAGCCUGCCAACACCAGCAAGGGGACGCUGGAAGAUCAAAUCAUCCAAGCCAACCCUGCCCUGGAAGCCUUUGGCAAUGCCAAGACACUGCGAAACGACAACUCGUCCCGAUUUGGUAAAUUCAUCCGAAUCCAUUUUGGGGCAACGGGCAAGUUGGCAUCGGCUGACAUAGAAACCUAUCUGCUGGAGAAGUCCCGUGUUAUCUUCCAGCUUAAAGCUGAAAGAAAUUACCACAUCUUCUACCAGAUUCUGUCCAACAAGAAACCAGAGCUGCUGGACUUGCUCUUGGUUACCAACAACCCAUACGACUACCACUACGUCUCCCAAGGAGAGGUAACUGUUGCCUCCAUCGAUGACUCCGAGGAGCUGAUGGCUACUGAUAGUGCCUUUGAUGUCCUGGGCUUCACUCCAGAGGAGAAAGUUGGAGUGUACAAGCUAACCGGUGCCAUCAUGCAUUACGGCAACAUGAAGUUCAAGCAGAAGCAGAGGGAGGAACAGGCAGAGCCUGAUGGGACUGAAGAUGCGGAUAAAUCUGCCUACUUGAUGGGCCUGAACUCAGCUGACCUGGUCAAGGGGCUCUGCCACCCGCGGGUGAAGGUUGGCAAUGAAUAUGUCACCAAGGGGCAAAAUGUCCAACAGGUGUACUACUCCAUUGGAGCCUUGGCCAAGUCCGUGUAUGAGAAGAUGUUCAGCUGGAUGGUGGUCCGAAUCAACAACUCUCUGGAGACAAAGCAGCCCAGACAGUAUUUCAUCGGGGUGCUGGACAUCGCAGGAUUUGAGAUCUUUGAUUUCAACAGCUUUGAACAACUCUGCAUCAACUUCACCAAUGAGAAGCUGCAGCAGUUCUUCAACCACCACAUGUUUGUCCUGGAGCAAGAAGAGUACAAGAAGGAAGGCAUUGAGUGGGUCUUCAUUGACUUUGGCAUGGACCUGCAGGCCUGCAUUGACCUCAUUGAGAAGCCACUGGGCAUCAUGUCUAUCUUGGAGGAGGAAUGCAUGUUUCCAAAAGCAUCAGACAUGACCUUCAAGGCAAAGCUGUAUGAUAACCAUUUGGGCAAAUCUAACAACUUUGGUAAGCCACGGAAUGCCAAGGGCAAGCCAGAGGCCCAUUUCUCGUUGGUCCAUUAUGCUGGCACCGUUGACUACAACAUCCUGGGCUGGUUGGAGAAGAACAAGGACCCCCUCAAUGAGACAGUGGUGGGGCUCUACCAGAAAUCGUCUCUCAAGCUCCUGGCUACACUCUUCUCCAGCUAUUCUGGCACUGAUGCUGGUGGAGAUGGUGGGAAGGGUAAAGGUUCCAAGAAGAAAGGAUCCUCUUUCCAAACUGUUUCUGCACUUCACCGGGAGAAUCUGAACAAGCUGAUGGCCAAUCUCAAGACCACCCAUCCUCAUUUUGUGAGGUGUCUCAUCCCCAAUGAAAGAAAAGCACCUGGUGUGAUGGACAACCCCUUGGUCAUGCACCAGCUCCGCUGCAAUGGAGUACUGGAGGGGAUCCGGAUUUGCCGGAAGGGAUUCCCCAACCGGAUUCUUUAUGGGGAUUUCAGGCAAAGAUACCGCAUCCUGAACCCAGCUGCCAUCCCCGAGGGUCAGUUCAUCGAUAGCCGGAAGGGAGCCGAAAAACUACUGGGCUCUCUGGAUAUUGACCACAAUCAGUACAAAUUUGGACACACUAAGGUAUUUUUCAAGGCUGGGCUGUUGGGACAGCUGGAAGAGAUGCGUGACGAACGCCUUUCCCGCAUCAUCACUCGCAUCCAAGCUCGAGCACGAGGCCAGCUCAUGCGCGUUGAGUUUAAAAAAAUUCUGGAGCGCCGAGAUGCUUUGCUUAUUAUUCAGUGGAACAUCCGUGCUUUCAUGGGGGUGAAGAACUGGCCUUGGAUGAAGCUGUUCUUCAAGAUCAAGCCUCUGCUGAAAAGUGCAGAGACUGAGAAGGAGAUGCAGACAAUGAAGGAGGAAUUUGGGAGACUGAAAGAAGCUCUGGAGAAAUCAGAAACACGAAGAAAGGAGCUAGAGGAGAAGAUGGUCUCUCUGCUGCAGGAAAAGAAUGAUCUGCAGUUACAAGUUCAGGCUGAGCAAGACAACCUGAAUGAUGCAGAGGAACGAUGUGACCAGCUGAUCAAGAACAAGAUUCAGCUGGAAGCCAAGGUGAAAGAGAUGACCGAACGGAUGGAGGAUGAGGAAGAGAUGAAUGCCGAACUGACAGCCAAGAAGCGGAAGCUGGAAGACGAGUGCUCAGAGCUGAAGAAGGAUAUUGAUGAUCUGGAGCUGACCCUAGCCAAGGUGGAAAAGGAGAAGCAUGCGACAGAGAACAAGGUGAAAAACCUCACGGAGGAGAUGGCAGGUCUGGAUGAGAUCAUUGCCAAGCUUACCAAGGAGAAGAAGUCCUUGCAGGAGGCACACCAGCAGGCUUUGGAUGACCUCCAAGUUGAAGAAGACAAAGUCAACACACUCACUAAAGCCAAGCUGAAGCUGGAGCAGCAGGCAGAUGAUUUGGAAGGCUCCUUGGAACAGGAGAGGAAGAUACGGAUGGACAUGGAACGGGCCAAGAGGAAGCUUGAGGGGGACUUGAAGCUGAUGCAGGAGAACAUCAUGGAUCUAGAAAAUGACAAACAACAGCUGGAAGAAAAGCUGAAAAAGAAAGAAUUUGAUAUCAACCAGCAGAACAGCAAGAUCGAAGAUGAGCAGGCCCUUGCUGCACAGCUGCAGAAGAAACUGAAGGAACUGCAGGCCCGGAUUGAGGAGCUAGAAGAAGAGCUGGAGGCCGAGCGCACAGCCCGGGCCAAAGUAGAGAAGCAGCGCUCUGACCUUUCGCGAGAGCUGGAGGAGAUCAGUGAGAGGCUGGAGGAAGCCGGGGGAGCCACCUCGGUACAGGUUGAAUUGAACAAGAAGCGGGAGACCGAGUUCCAGAAGAUGCGACGUGAUCUGGAAGAGGCAACUCUCCACCAUGAGGCCACGGCUGCAGCCCUGCGCAAGAAGCAUGCCGACUCUGUAGCAGAGCUUGGCGAGCAAAUUGACAAUCUGCAGCGUGUGAAACAGAAGCUGGAAAAGGAGAAGAGUGAGCUGAAGUUAGAGCUGGAUGACCUGGGCUCCAACAUGGAGCAGCUGCUGAAAGCCAAGGUGAAUUUGGAGAAAACAUGCCGUACUCUGGAGGACCAAUCCUCAGAUUACCGAGCCAAGCUUGAGGAGACCCAACGGACCCUCAACGACACCAACACACAGCGGGCUAAGCUGCAGACAGAAAAUGGAGAACUGAGCCGUCAAAUAGAAGAGAAAGAGGCUCUCAUUUCUCAGUUGACCCGGGGAAAACAGUCAUACACACAACAAAUGGAAGAUCUAAAGAGACAGUUAGAAGAGGAGGCUAAGGCCAAGAAUGCUCUGGCGCAUGCACUGCAGUCUGCCCGCCAUGACUGUGACUUGCUGCGGGAACAGUACGAGGAGGAGAUGGAGGCCAAAGCAGAGCUCCAGCGCCUGCUCUCCAAAGCCAACUCUGAGGUGGCUCAGUGGAGAACUAAGUAUGAGACGGACGCCAUCCAGAGGACAGAGGAACUGGAGGAGGCCAAGAAGAAGCUGGCACAGCGGCUGCAGGAUGCAGAGGAGGCAGUGGAGGCUGUGAAUGCCAAGUGUUCCUCAUUGGAGAAGACCAAGCACCGCUUGCAGAAUGAGAUUGAAGACCUCAUGGUGGACGUGGAGCGCUCAAAUGCAGCUGCAGCUGCCCUGGACAAGAAGCAGAGGAACUUUGACAAGAUCCUCUCUGAAUCAAAGCAAAAGUAUGAGGAGUCCCAAGCAGAACUGGAGGCUUCACAGAAGGAAUCCCGCUCACUCAGCACCGAGCUCUUCAAGCUGAAGAAUGCCUACGAGGAGGCGCUGGAGCAUCUGGAUACUUUAAGAAGAGAGAACAAGAACUUGCAGGAGGAAAUAUCUGACCUCACUGAGCAGCUGGGUGAGGGAUCUAAGAGCAUGCAUGAGCUGGAGAAGGUCCGGAAGCAGCUGGAAGCUGAGAAAGUAGAGUUACAAGCUGCUCUGGAAGAGGCUGAGGCCUCCCUGGAGCAUGAAGAAGGCAAGAUUCUCCGGGCUCAGCUGGAGUUCAGUCAGAUCAAGGCCGACAUUGAUCGCAAGCUAGCUGAGAAGGAUGAAGAGAUGGAGCAGGCCAAGCGGAACCACAUGAGAAUGGUGGACUCGCUUCAAGCUUCCCUGGAUGCUGAGACCCGCAGCCGCAACGAGGCGCUGAGGGUCAAAAAGAAGAUGGAAGGCGACCUCAACGAGAUGGAGAUUCAGCUUAGCCAAGCUAACCGGGUGGCAGCUGAAGCCCAGAAGCACCUCAAAAUUGCUCAAGCCCACCUUAAGGACAACCAGAUCCAGCUAGAUGAUGUCUUGCGAGCCAACGAGGACCUGAAGGAGAACAUUGCCAUAGUGGAGAGACGGAAUGCCCUCCUGCAGGCUGAGCUUGAGGAGCUGCGCAACGUGGUGGAGCAGACGGAGCGUGGCCGAAAACUGGCGGAACAGGAAUUGAUUGAGGCCAGUGAGCGGGUCCAACUCCUCCACUCCCAGAACACCAGCCUCAUCAACCAAAAGAAGAAGAUGGAGACAGACCUGUCUCAGCUCCAAUCUGAGGUGGAGGAAGCUGUACAAGAAUGCAGGAAUGCUGAGGAGAAGGCCAAGAAAGCCAUCACUGAUGCGGCCAUGAUGGCGGAGGAGCUGAAGAAAGAGCAGGACACCAGCGCACAUCUGGAGAGGAUGAAGAAGAACAUGGAGCAGACCAUCAAGGAUCUCCAGAUGCGUUUGGAUGAGGCUGAGCAGCUGGCCCUGAAGGGUGGCAAGAAGCAGCUCCAGAAGCUGGAGGCUCGGGUGCGGGAGCUGGAGAACGAACUGGAGUCGGAGCAGAAGCGCAAUGCGGAGAAUGUCAAGGGGAUGCGCAAGUUCGAGAGGCGCAUCAAGGAGCUCACCUACCAGACUGAAGAAGAUAAGAAAAAUCUGCUGAGACUCCAAGAUUUGGUGGACAAACUGCAGCUGAAGGUCAAAGCCUAUAAAAGACAGGCAGAAGAAGCGGAGGAGCAAGCCAACACCAACCUGGCCAAGUUCCGGAAGGUCCAACAUGAGCUGGAUGAAGCCGAGGAACGGGCCGACAUUGCUGAGUCCCAAGUGAACAAGCUGAAGGCCAAAAGCCGGGAUGUGGGAGGAAAGAAACUUCACGAUGAAGAGUGAGCAGGGCUGGAAAUCCAAAGCAGGCAACAUUGACCCUCUGGGCUGUUUUUCUCAUGUAGCAUGGCUAUGUAGCAUCACAAGUAAAGUUUAAUAUAUUGCCAUGAAUAAAGUUAAAC